CAAGAAUUUAUCUUUUUCACUCUUUUACACUACUGUGGAUAUUAACAAAAUGGACAAACAAAUAGAGUUUGUAGAACGAUAUGUCUCUAACACACCGAAGCCGUCUUUCAACCACCUUGUUCGAAAGGAGCAAAAGACAAUUGAAAAAAUCUCUAUCCUAAUAGAAACUCCAACUGCGUUAUCUUUACAGAGACUUUGGGUUACAGCAUAUAACAAAUGUAUCCAAGUCAAGAGGCCAGAACAAAAACUACAAUCCAGACCUACAACUGUGAGCAUCGCAUUUAAACGAAUCUUUGAAGUCGCCAAAGCAACUAGAUUCUAUGCAUGAAUUCAAAG